UUCACCUGUGCCACAUGUGACAGUGAAUACUCCAACUACUCCAAUUCCAACGCCAACGAUAUAUGGCUCGCGGCUUCCCUAAUGGACACUCCAACUACGUUAGAGUGAGAAAAAGUAAGUGAAAAGAGCGCGCGACGAGUGCGACGACGUCCUCGUUUUGCGCAUGUCCCACUGAAAUAACAAGGGUGACUGAAUGGAGGCGGUCUCGGGACGGAGAAGAUGCUCGGCUUACAAUCAGUUACAAUGACUUUAGAAUAGAGGCAGUCGAUCGUACGUUGAAAUAAGGAUCGCCGGGAUCUUUGUUUUUCUUUUUUUUUUUUCGUGGAAGGAUCGCGCGGGUGGUGGCGAUAUACGCGGGCAGCAUCGCCGCGCAGUACGAGCUCUGCGAAUUCGACGACGCGGACCUGCCUGGAGGACGGAGAUGGAAGGCGAGGCGAAGCAUAACAUCGACAAGCUCGUUGACGACCUGAAAUGCGUCGUGAGGCUCGAGGCCUCGCAAGAGGAAUGCCCCAACGUCGUUCAGAUACUGGAUUCCGUGGUGAAUGUCAGCAAAACUUCGAUCGGAGAGACCACCGAGCUGGUCAUCGACGAAGUCUUCCUGACCCUGCUCGGGCACAGAUCUAAACAGAUCGUGGCGAAGACCGCGAAAGCCAUUGCGGAGAUCGCGAAGACUGAUCGGGGAAGGGAGAAAUGUACCAGUUUCGAGCUGAUACGGGCACUGAUUAAUCUGCUAAAGGGAGAGGACAUAGACAUAUUGACGCAGACUUCCAGAGCUCUAGGGAACAUCUGCUACGAGAGCGAGCUCGGUAAAAAUCUAAUAAGGGAGCAGGAUGGUUUGAAAGUAAUCCUGGCACUGCUGAAGAAGGGAAUUGCCUUAGGUAACGUUGAAGGUGCCAGCUUUCUGCGAAAUGUAACUGCUGGAUUUUUACUGAACUUUUUGGUGGAUCAAGAAGCGCUGUACAGGAAGGCACUCGAGGAGGACAUGGUACCAAUCAUUUGCAGCGUUUUGGAGGAAGAUGGAAUUACCGGUGGCGAAGCGGCGGUGCACGUGUUACUCAUCCUUGGCAUAUUGAACGAUGACAAUAUUAUAUUUCUCGAUGAGAGAUUGACGAGAAUUCUGGUUGAUAUACUGACCAGCGACACUUCCUCCGAGCUGUCCGAGAUGUGCUUGGAGCUUUUGCACGGCCAAGCGGAAGACGAAAAAGCGAAGCUGUUAUUAGCUAAGGCAGGAGUGUGCGAAUUGCUCCUGAAACUAUUAGAGAAACACGGUCCGCAAUGCAACGACGAAGAAACCCGAUCGAUUCUCAAAGUUGCCUGCAACGUGAUCGUCUUGAUUUUAACUGGAGACGACAGCAUGAAUUUCCUUUACGACGACAGCAAGGGCCCGGUAUACAAGAAACUGGUGGAAUGGCUGGAGAGCGUUGACGAAGACUUGCAGAUCACCGCGGUUCUGGCUAUGGGAAACGUCGCGCGGACCGACACGCAUUGCAAGCGCAUGGUCGAGCAGGGCAUUCAUCGGAAGCUGUUGAAGAUUCUCGAGAAAAAUGGCAGCAAAUCCGGCGACAUCAGAUGCCAGCACGCAUUGCUCAGCGCGUUACGCAAUCUCGUUAUACCCGCGGAGAAUAAGUCGCUGAUUCUUGCCGACGGUCUGAUCGACGUGCUCUAUCCAAUGCUAGAGAUCCCGACCUUCCCCGUCGUUUUCAAAUUGCUGGGCACACUCAGGAUAGUCAUAGACGGCCAGAAGGAAGCGGCGAUCUCUUUGGGACGAAGGGAGGACCUGAUCAAGCGGGCGGUUGAGUGGUGCGGCACCGACGACCACCCUGGCGUCCAGGGUGAAGCCAAUCGGUUGAUCGCCUGGCUGAUAAACAACAGCAGGGACAAGCAGAUUGCCCUGUCGAUUAUCAAACACGGCGCGGUGCGUCACCUGGUGAACAUGCUUCUGGCGCAACACGCGCUUAUGCAGAACGAGGCGAUUCUCGGCCUCACGAUACUGACGCGGAUCUGCCCGGCGGAGUCUGAAGAGCCGCUAAUCAAAGCGGGCUUCGGGCGCAGCAUGUGCGAGUUCUUCGCGCGCGCCGGCGAUCUCGGCGUGCACAUCGUACUGAACGCGUUGUCGCUGCUCGACAGCGUUCUGCAAUCAGACCAACUGAAGGAGCAUCUCAAGAGCAGCGGAUUGGCCAACGCGUGCAAGUUCUUGCAACCGCACAUAAAUGAAAAUACCGCCGCGGAGCUGCAGACCCGGGUUACCAAUUUGCGAGCGGCGCUGCAGGGCACCGCCUUGGGAACAAACUGAGAACGACGACGACGACGACGAGCAAUUCCGGAGCCUUCCACGUUCUUAUUGUGCGCUGCCAUUCCUACACUGUUGUUUGUAUCUUCCAUCAUUCCAAAGAACCAAAAAAUGCAGACUUCUUCGAUGACCAAAUCAUCCCCAACUUCAUCCACAGAUUGCAAAACAUAUUUUAUUUAUUGAGAAAUAUAUAUUCUAUUGAUGUACA